UUAACGUGCAAAGUGCGACUCACGCUAACCAUUUCCUUCCAGCGUCAAAGCACUUUUUCUUCCAUCAAUUUAUUCCCGAACUUUUCCUGGAAAAUUUGAAUCAAUCCACGUGUGAUCUUGCAGAUGAUUUAGAUUCUACCAACGCACAAUCGGCCUACAAAUAGGCGGUCAUUUUUCAAUAUCUCUUAGUGUUAUACCUAGGGCUGAAAGAUGGCGGCUUUACCGUCGCAUGUUACAGUUUUAUUUUUCGGUAUCGUCUUCCUGGUGGUGCACAGCCCCCUCGCAAGUGCUGUGGAGCCAAGGGAGGGAGUGAAAGUCGACCCGAACCUCCUCAACCCCCAAGACGCAGAAACGGAGAACGAGAAUCAUUCACUUCGAAGCAGAGGCCUAUUUGACUUGUUCGGCUUUGGAGGUUUCUUCAGCGACCCCGACGAAGACGGCUGGAACAUCGGCCGUGUAACCGACACCGGCGAUACUGUCGUCAAUUUCGGGGACACGAGCUUCCAGUGGGAUUCCAACGGCCUCAUCAUUCAUGCCCUCGACGCUCAUCGAGAUAUCCUCGUGAAGGCUAACAAGAUCUAUCUUGGUAACAAACUAGUCGCGGACACGAAGAAGAAGGCCCUUACACCGACCUAUCAGAUAACACCCGACGGUGCAAGAUGGUACACCAACGCCAAACUCCUGGGCGGACGGAAGAUGAGCAAGGCGGAGGAGAACCGAUUCGAUAAAGACUGGGCGAAGCAGACCGGAGGAUCGAAGUCCCAAUCCGCAAGAAGUGCCCCCAUGUCAUCACAGCCAGAAAGUCCUUCCAGUUGGUGGUGGUAACUUUCUUCGACCCUUAUCGUUCUCUCCCAGUUGUGUACACUGUGAAUCAGGUCUCUCAUAAUUCUCUGCUUUAAGAUUUUUCGUUUUCAAGUAACUGAUAAGAGCGUCUUAUCAGCUGCAGUUCAAAGAAUGUGUGUCGUUACAAGUCUUAUCAAUAAACAUCAUCAUUUCAGCAA